GAAAGUCACAAAUUGGACAAGAGCUUCCAGCAGACCAGAUUCACUGAGCUGAAGGGCAUGGGCUGUAAAGUGCCCCAAGAUGUCUUACAGAAAUUGCUGGAAUCCUUGCAAGAGAACCACUUCCAAAAAGACGAGCAGUUCCUGGGAGCAGUUUUGCCAAGAUUCAGCAUUGGGAUGGGCACGUGCAUCAUCCUGCUGAGGCACGGUGGCCUCUCUUUGGUGCAGAUCAUGGACUACAUUUACCCUGUCGUAGACAACCUUUACAAGAUAGGCAGGAUAGCCUGUGCCGAUGUCCCCAGCGACCUCUACGCAAUAGGGGUCACGGAAUGCAACAACAUACUUAUGCUCCUUGGGAUCAGCAAUAAAAUGACCAAAAGGGAAAGGGAUAAAGUGAUGCUCCUAAUUAUACAGUGUUUUAAGGAAGUGGCAGAGGAAGCAGGGAUGUCAGUAACAGGUGAUCAAACAAUAUUGAACCCCUGGAUUGUUUUAGGGGGAGUUGCUACAACUCUCUGCCAGCCCAAUGAGUUCUUCAUACCAGAUAACAUGGUGCCAGGGGAUGUGCUUGCUCUGACCAUAACCCUGGGCAUGCAGGUGGCCACGGCCAUGCACAGGUGACUGAACAUCCCUGAAAAAUGGAGUAAAAUUAAAGUAGUGGUCACCCAGGAAGAUGUAGAGUUGGCAUACCAAGAAACAAUGAUGAAUAUGGCAAGGGUCAAGACAGCUGCAGGGCUCACACACAUAUUCAAUGCCCACAUGGCCACUGACAUUGCAGGCUUCAGGAUCCUGGGCCAUGUGCAGAACAUGGCCAAGCAGCAGAGGAAUGAGAUGUCAUUCAUCAUUAACAACCUCCCUGUCCUGGCCAAGAUGGCGGCUGUGAGCAAAGCCUGCGAGAACAUGUUUGGCCUCACACAUGGGACCUGCUCAGAGACUUCAGGAGGCCUUCUGAUCUGCUUACCAUGUGAGCAGGCUGCGCAGUUCUGUGCCGGGAUCAAGUCCCCCAAGUACGGGGAAGGCCACCAAGCAUGGAUGAUUGGGAUUGUGGAGAAGGGCGACUUCACAACCAGAAUACUGGAGCUGCCUAAACCAAUCGACAUCUUGCCAAAGGAAACCUCCGCUGGGAAGAUGAUGCUCCCUGGAAGCUGUGGCGUCCUGGAACGAAUGGGCAGCAGUCUUUACACCAGUGUUCCUGGAGAUGAAGUCACAAGCACAGUGUGCAGAGCGCUACCACUGGCGGGCAGCUGUCAGGAGCGAACCGUCUGGGAUCUCGCGCAGCAGGCUGCAGCUCUUUCGGGCCUGGAGCUAGUGUGUGGGGGCGGGAGAAGAGGAGAAGAGCCCGGGGCGGGGAGCGGGCUGGGCCCCGGGCUGCGGCUGCGGCUCCCCAGCCCCGCCAGCUGGAGUGCUCGGAGCUGCAGCACCGGCAGACCCCCGGAGAGGGGAGAGGGUGUGGCCGCGGGUCUGGGUUUUUCCCAAGAAAGAGCAGCUGAGUCCUUGCAUCUUGUGGCAGCUGGUGUGCCCAGCACUGAGUCCGUGGGAGCUGAAGCCAGCCUGGCCUCUUCUCAUGGGCAGCACCCACCUGUGCUGAGGUCCUGUGGCGGUGGUGGUGUGAGGCAGCCAUUAUAG